AACGUUGUGUCUGUGUGUUUUGGUUUGCCUUUGGAUGGACGGACUGCUCGAGCGGCCGUACUGGAAUGACGACAGCACCCUUCAGUAGAGAUUCGUCCUCCGUUCAGCGUGGUACAGAGGGAUUUAUAUCGCGUGUCGGUCGAUUGGUCGUUCGGCAAUCAGCGCUAGCGGAGUUUUGGUUCCGCGGAAUCGAAAGCGGUAUUUCUCGUGUGUGUUUAUUUCGCGUUCAGACGAUCUAUAGCAAUUCGGUCGGAAAUUAAUCGCCCCUGCGAGCCGGCCGGUUAUGACGAAAGGUUGAAGAAGUGAACGAAGAAGCGUUGCUGGUGAAUCAGUGAUUUGUGUGCGCGAUCAGUACGCUACUCCACGGGUUGAUAAGAUUUUGAUGAGUGUAUCACAACUGUGUGGCGGUGCAACCAAGGUGAUAACAAAGUUUUAGUGUUGUGAAAUGAUGAAAAUUGGCUAGACUUCGAAGUUGAUCAGAAGUUGCUAGAAAGUGUUGCGUAUUGGUUUAAAUUUUCGAAGAGCUCAGAAAUUGGUCAAGGUCACUGCAUCAGAUUUGGAAUGCUGUUGAUAAGAAACGUCUGUCAAAUUAGGUGUCCGCAGUAAAUAGAUCAGCAGUGGUGGUGUAAAUAAAUGUUUACCCGGUUUAUGUUCUGUUUCAUUUUGAACGUGCUCGAAACGAACGAAGUGCUAAUUUUUUCAGUAUACGCAAAAGUUUUUUUGGGGGAUUUCCGGUUAUAUAUCGUAUACAAAUCCGACACAAAUCAGUGACCAAAGGUAAUAAAAAACCGUUUCUAGUGUUUUUCGACAACGAACCACAUAAAAGCGUCGUUGUUAUUCCAUUCACGCUAAUAGGAUUCAUAAUUAGUGCUAAACGCAGUGGAAUUGCCUAAAGAAGAAACCGUCCGAAACGUUAUUCUGGCCAAUGUAGACCUCCCUAGCAGAGUCUGCCAGUGAAACAGCGAAGGCUAAAGAAACCAAUCCACGAAACCUAAUCCGGUGCCACAUACAGACGUAAUUCCUAAAAAUAAUACUUGUCGCCCAGUUUGCCACCCACUUUCACUGGAACGGGAUCGUACAACGGAAUCAACAUAGAGUGUGUCCAUGCUCCAGUGAUUAUACUCAAAGGAUUCUACGUAAAUUUUUUCCUGUGUUGUUACGAGAGAAAGGAGAUUUCGCGCAAAGUACCGGAGUACAUCGAGGAGGAUUAAUUACCAUAAAUCAAAUAUGAUUAGUCAGCCCGGAAGAUCCCGGCCCUGCUGGCGCGGCGGACUGUGACCGUUUGUGCUCGAGAGUUAGGAAAAAGGUGACGACUAAUUGUAACAUAAUGGAAUACAAGCACACCUUGAACCUCACAGCCACCGCAACUCGAGUCCAACUUCCGUGCCACCAGUGCCAGCGUCGUCGUCAUCACCAGUGUCAUCAGUGCCAGCAGAACCAGAACCAGCCCGACAGGCUCACGGUGCGAGCUUAGCAGUUGUCGCAGCAACUUUCGAAGCAGUGGAAUACGAGUCAGAACAUCCCGCGUUCCGGCCCGCAACCGCACUGCAGUACAGAUCUUCUGCACCAGAUAUAAAAGGCUAUGCUCAUCCGCCGGUAGUAUAAAGGACGAGGACAUCAUACAAACCGUGCCGUCAUCUGUAGUUUCACACACGCACCUACAGCCGUACGAACACAACCAAUAGGACCAACAACAACAACAACUACCCGUCAAAAUGCAAACAAAAAUUACGCAAACCACCCUGACCACCAUGGUUCUACUGCUGGUCACCUUCCUCCUGCCCGUAGGCCGCGCUGGACUGGCUAACUGUCCCCUGGGGUGUCAAUGCGAUGACGAUACCCUGGUGGUAACCUGUGGCGAAGGUCACCUAGACGUUUUACCGAUUGUCCUUAACCCAUCGCUGCAGCGACUGGUAAUCAAAAACAACAAAAUCAAAACCAUCGACUCAUCGAUGCAGUUCUACGCCGAACUGACCUUCCUGGAUUUGAGCUACAACCACCUGUUCAACAUGCCACCGCGAACUUUUGCCUACCAGAAAAAGCUAACAGAGCUGCACCUAAACCACAACAAGGUGGGAUCGAUUUCAAACAAAACAUUCCUCGGGCUGGAAUCGCUAGCGAUCCUCAACCUGCGAGGAAACUUUUUGGACGAACUGAGCGAGGGUGUGUUUUCCGGUCUGAAAAAACUUGAAGAGCUUAAUCUCGGACAGAACCGGAUCGGUAGGGUUGAUCCGAAGGCCUUCGAAGGGCUCGUCAAUUUAAAGGUGCUCUACUUGGACGAUAACACGUUGAGUGCGGUUCCGUCAGAAGCUUUCGGUCCGUUGGUCAACUUAGCCGAACUAUAUCUGGGAAUCAACUCGUUUUCGACCAUUUCAAAAGAUGCCUUUACGAACCUAAACAAACUAACUCAUCUGGAUUUAAAGGGUGCUGCUCUUUACAACGUAUCCGGUUUCAGUGGUUUAGAGGGCUUACGGACGCUAGAUCUGUCGGACAAUCGACUGAGUAGAAUUCCCACGCCGGAGCUGAUGCCACUGUCUAGGUUGGAAGAAUUGGCUCUUGGGCAGAAUGAUUUCGAUAGCAUCCCGACGGCUGCAUUCGCCGGAAUGAGUAAUUUGCGUAAACUUGACAUAUCAGGCUCGUUGAAAUUGAGUCGAAUUGAGAGUGGUGCUUUUUCAGCAAAUGCCAACCUAGAAGACAUCGUUAUAGCAACUAACAAAGCCCUGGUGGAGAUCCAUGACGGCGCACUGAGUGGUUUGCCACAUCUGAAACGACUCGUCCUGAAAGACAACGCACUGACGACCCUGUCCGACGGAUUGUUUUCGUGGAACGAGUUGGUUGAUUUGGAUUUAUCGGAAAACCCAAUCGUUUGUGAUUGCCGCAUUUUGUGGCUUAGGAACCUGCUGGUCAACAAGAGCAACAGCAGUCAGAAUCAGAUCCCAGUAAUUUGCGCCUCACCAGAGCGAUUACGAGAGCAGGUAUUGCAAGCACUAUCGCCGGAUCUGUUAGGUUGCUCCCAUGCCGAUCCACGUCAACAGGCAAUUAUCGGAGUGGUGUUGGUUGCUGCCGCCGCUAUUGUGACAGCUCUGGCACUGGUAAUCUACAAAUGUCGCAGACGCAUCCGGGAGCUUGUGAAAGGCGGUUGGGGAAACAGUGCCAUCGGUCGGAAAGAGCGCGAAUACCAGAAGACCUUUUCCGAGGAGGAUUACAUGGGCCGGCAUCCGAAUCCCUGCGGAUUGGGUGUGCACACAACCACGUUAAAUAACUACCAAAUCAACAACCACCAUUCGCAUGGAAUCCGGCAUAUACCGGUGACGGAACUAUAGCUAGAGGCUCCCCCUCCACCGCCUCGGAGGGGAGGUUCGCAGCAUCAAAUUUGCCCCGGCAACAACUGCAACGGAACGGCCACAACGUUUCUACAGCUCAGCCAGGAGCAUCUG